AUGUCCAACAACACAAAGACAUCAUCAUCAUUCAGCAAAAAGAAGAACAAUGCAUCCUCUUCCGUUUCAAACUCCACCUCAUCACCACCUCCAUCCUAUGAUCAUGUGUAUGAAAGUUCUCUUUUUUCAAAAUCCGAUUCAAAUGCACUCUCUCAAAAUACAUUAAAAGCAUUCCAUACGGCCUUGUGUUUCAUUCCACCUCGUGAUGUUUGGGAGCCGAUUCAACAAAUGAGAGAACACUUGGAUAAAGCGUAUCAGAGAUGGCCUCCACAUAUCAAUUUAUUGUUUCCUUUCAUAUCGGAAAAGUAUUUUGAUGCUGCGGCUCAAUUGUUGAAAGAGAGCAUGAAGAGUUUGGAAAGUUUUGAUUUGACAUUAAGUGGAAUUUCGUAUUUUGAUAAAAAGACAGCGGUCAUGUAUCUCGAUCAAGAUGAUUAUGGAAAGCAAAAGCUUGUGGAAUUACAAUCUAUGGUGGCAAAACAUUUUCCUUAUUGUGACGAAAAGAAGAAUGAGCAUGGAGAGUUUGUGCCUCAUUUGACUGUGGGUCAGUGCGCCCAGAAAAUGGUUCAAUCAAAGGUGAAAGAGUUGAAUUCUAAGUGGAAGCCUGUCACAUUUAAGGUGGAGGACAUUUGCAUGAUUUAUAGGCCCGAUCAGGAAACGAGCUUCGCUGUCAUUCACAGAAUUCCUCUUGGAGGGCAAUAA